UGGCAACGCCCGCCUUCUUGCCCUGCUCCCGUUCCCCAUGGCGGCCGCCCCGGCGCUCCUCGUCCCGCUGCUGCUCCCGCUGCUGCUCCCGCUCCCACCGUGGCCGGGUGGCGCCGCGGCCUCCUCUAAGGCCGUGACGGCCAGUCUGGCGGCCAAGUGGGCCGCCCCACCGCUACUACUGGAGGCGAGUGAAUUUAUUGCAGAAGAAGGUAAUGAGAAGUUUUGGCAAUUUUUGGAAACUGUACGAGAAUUAACAAUUUAUAAGCAAGGAGACUCAGAACAUUCAUAUUACAACUUAAUCUUGAAGAAAGCAGGACAAUUUUUAUCAAACUUGCAGAUCAAUCUAUUGAAGUUUGCCCUUUCUAUAAGGGCAUACUCUCCAACUGUUCAUAUGUUUCAACAGAUUGCAGUUGAUGAACCUCCACCAGAAGGUUGCAGUGCAUUUGUGGUUAUCCAUGAGAAGCACACCUGUAAGACUAAUGAAAUUAAAAAACUUCUGAAGAAAGCUGCUAAGAGACCAAGGCCAUAUCUAUUUAAAGGAGAUCAUAAAUUCCCUACACUCAAGGAGAAUGUUCCUGUGGUUAUUCUUUAUGCUGAAAUGGGUACAAAAGAUUUUGUUAAAUUUCACAAACUUUUGUCUGAAAAGGCCCAGAAGGAGGAAAUUACUUAUGUUCUCCGACAUUAUGUUCAGAAAUCAGGCUCCAGGAAAACAUAUUUGUCUGGAUAUGGUGUGGAACUUGCAAUAAAGAGUACAGAAUACAAAGCAGUGGAUGACACUCAGGUUAAAGCAACAAAUGACACAACAGAAGAGGAAGGUGAUGAGGAAAAUGAAGUACAAGGAUUUAUCUUUGGUAAGCUAAGACAGAUGUAUCCUAAUCUUAAGGAUAAUUUGAAGGAGUUCAGAAAGUACCUAAUUGAAAGUACUAAUAACAUGGAACUUCUGAAAGUCUGGGAACUACAAGAUCUCAGUUUUCAAGCAGCUUCUCAAAUUAGAUCAACCCCUGUUUAUGAUGCCUUAACGGUAAUGAAAGACAUUGCACAGAACUUCCCUAUAAAGGCCAGAUCUUUGACCAGAGUUCCUGUAAACCAACAAAUGAAAAAUGAAAUAGAGGAAAAUCAGAAGCAUUUCCAUGAAACACUUGGUAUUCAGCCUGGAGAAGCACGUUUAUUUCUAAACGGUCUUCAUAUUGACCUGGAUUUUCAUGAUCCAUUUAGUAUUUUAGAAACUCUUAAGAUGGAGGGAAAAGUUAUGCAUGGUCUUCAUGAACUUGGAAUCAAAGAGGAGGUUCUUAGCAAACUUAGGAAUUUAGAUAUCCAUCCUGCAAAUGGUGGUUAUGCAUUAGAUAUUCGUCAUUCUUCAAUAACAUGGGUCAAUAACAUAGAAAAAGAUCAUAUCUACAGCACAUGGCCCACCGGCUUCCAGGAACUGCUUACACCAACAUUUCCAGGAGUUAUAAAGCAGAUUAGGCGCAAUUUGUAUAAUUUGGUACUGUUUAUUGAUCCUGUCCAGGAAAAUGCAGCUGAUUUUAUGAAACUGGCAGAAUUAACCUAUCAUCAUAACAUGGCACUUAGAGUCGGAGUUGUUUUCAUUUUAAAUACUACUGAAGAAAUUGAUGGGAAUGAAGAUGCUGGAGUAGCUCUUUGGAGAGCUUUUAACUACAUUGCAGAAGAAACUGACACCUCUCAAGCUUUUAUCUCCAUAAUCAAUAUGUUUCAUGAAGUGAAAGAGGAAGAUUUUCUCACUGUGAAUCAUGUGAAAAAUGUUCUUAGAAAUGAAUUUCCUCGUGCCAAUGUUCCAAGUAUACUGGGUAUUCAUUCUGAAUAUGAUGAGGAAAGGAAGGCAGGAGCAACCUUUUAUAAGAAGACUGGCCUGGGUCCAUUGCCUCAGGCUCUGUUUAAUGGUGUGCCCUUUAACAGUGAAGAGAUGGAUGCUGCGGAGUUAGAGACAAUUAUUCUCCAGAAGAUCAUCGAUGCCACUGGGUUCUUCCAGAGGGCAGUUUUCAUGGGUUUGUUAAAUGAUCAAAUGGACACAGUGGAUUUCCUCAUGGAACAACAUAAUGUAAUUUCCCGUAUAAACCCCACCAUUUUUAGUACUGAAAGAAGAUAUAUAAAUUUCAUUUCCACUUCAGUUCCUGUUGACACAGAAGAUUUUUCAACUUUCUCCUUUUUGGACUCGCAAGAUAAGAGUGCUGUAAUUUCUGAGAACAUGAAGUAUUUAACAAGGAAGGAUGAAGAUGUAAUAUAUGCAGUUACUAUUUGGAUUAUUGCUGAUUUUGACAAGCCAGCUGGGAGACGACUGCUUUCAAAUGCUUUGAAACACCUGAAAACAAGCAGACAUACAAGACUUGGGCUUGUGAACAACCCUGGGUCAAAAAUAACUGAAGAUAACACAGCUAUUGCCAGGGGAAUUUUGACAGCUUUUCUGACACAGAAAAACAGCAGUUUAAGAAGUUUUUUAAGCAAGUUAGUUAAGGAGGAGACAACAGAAGCCCUUGCUAGAGGAACGAAAAUUAAGGAAUUCUUUGUUCUGGGACUAGAUGACAAUAUUUUUGAGAAAAAAUACAACACUUUAGGAGUGAAUGUAAUUAAAACCCACCAGAUGUUCUGUCGAGAGGUUCUUAAACUGCUUCCUGGACAAAUGGCUGUUGUAAGCAAUGGGAGAAUCUUGGGCCCUUUAAAUGAAAAUGAAUUCUUUACAGAAGAUUUCCAGUUGUUGGAAAAAAUAACAUUUAGUACCUCAGGAGAGAAGAUUAAAGCCAUUGUCAAGGAGAUGAAGAUCAGCAAUAAGCGUGCCAGUGAUUUGAUUAUGAAAAUAGAUGCGCUUCUGUCUUCAUUGCCAAAAAAGGAGAUGAGACAGGCUGUUCAGUUUCUCAAAGAGCAUCACAGCAUAGUAAAAAUAGAUCCUCAACAGAAUGAACCAUUCUAUGAUGUGGUUGCUAUCGUUGAUCCAUUGACAAGAGAAGCACAGAAGAUGGCACAUUUAUUGAUUGUACUGAGAGACAUUGUCAACAUGAAACUGAAGCUUUUUAUGAAUUGUAGAUCUAAACUGUCAGAAGUACCUUUGAAGAGCUUUUAUCGUUUUGUUUUGGAACCAGAGCUGACUUCCGGGGCCAACAACCUGUUUCCUUCUGAGCCUGUGGCAAAAUUCCUAGAAAUGCCAGAAUCACCUCUGUUGACUCUAAAUAUGAUCACUCCUGAAAGCUGGUUGGUUGAAGCAGUAAACAGUUCCUAUGAUCUUGAUAACAUUCACUUAGAGGAUAUAGAAGGAAUUGUUACAGCAGAAUAUGAACUGGAAUAUCUAUUACUUGAAGGACAUUGCUUUGAUAUGACUACGGGACAACCUCCUCAGGGCUUACAGUUCACACUAGGCAUGAAGAGUAAUCCUGUUAUGGUUGAUACCAUAGUGAUGGCCAACUUGGGAUAUUUCCAGCUGAAAGCAAAUCCAGGUGCUUGGACACUAAGAUUACGCAAAGGAAGAUCUGAUGAUGUCUACCACAUACUUUACCAUGAAGGAACAGAUUCCCCAGCUGGUCUGAAAGAUGUUGUUGUUGUUCUAAAUAACUUCAGGAGCAAAAUUAUCAAAAUACAAGUGCAGAAAAAAACCAGUAAAAUCAAUGAAGAUCUCCUUAAUGAUGGGGUUACAGAAGAAAAAGGAAUUUGGGAAUCAAUUACAAGUUUUUCAGGAGGAAUUCAAACAGAAGAAAAGGAGAAGAAAAAUUAUUCUCUAAAUAUUUUUUCAGUUGCCUCAGGUCAUUUAUAUGAACGCUUCUUAAGAAUUAUGAUGGUUUCUGUUCUGCGUCAUACCAAGACACCAGUUAAGUUUUGGUUUCUGAAAAAUUACCUCUCACCAACAUUUAAAGAAGUUAUUCCCUACCUGGCUAAAGAAUAUGGAUUCCAGUAUGAAUUGGUGCAAUAUAAGUGGCCCCGCUGGCUAUAUCAACAAACAGAAAAGCAAAGAAUUAUCUGGGGUUACAAAAUUCUUUUCCUGGAUGUUCUUUUUCCAUUGGCUGUGGACAAAAUAAUAUUUGUUGAUGCUGAUCUGAUUGUGAGAGAUGACUUAAGAGAACUUAGAGAUUUAGAUCUAAAUGGAGCUCCCUAUGGAUACACUCCUUUCUGUGACAGUCGCACAGAAAUGGAUGGGUAUCGUUUCUGGAAAUCAGGAUAUUGGGCAUCCCAUCUUGGGAAAAGGAAAUACCAUAUAAGGUAAGAAAAUUAGGGUACAUUUUUGGA